CACGUAGUGUGUAUUCAUUGUAGCAUAAUUUUAUUGAAUCAGAAAGUUGCAAUGACUAUCCCAUUCACAGAAGACGAGACACCAAAUCACAACGACAACAUAGUUCCAAAGUAUAACGAACAUACUGAUUAUGAAUCACACUGUUCAUCUAGCUCUGACCAUCAACCCAUCGCAUGUGCUUUAUAUACUAAUAUAGAUAUUGAUUCUUCAAUGCAUUCAUACGAAAAAUCCAAGAAUAGUCCAAUGAAUAUAUAUCUUUUGGCAUUGUUCAUUAUUCUCUUUGUAAAAUGUGUGCUCCAGGCUUCUAUUCAUAAAACCAUGAUUAGAAAAUGUGCUUAUACGGUGAAAGUAAAAGUAAAAUGGAAGACAUCCCACAAGUUGAAAGAACCAUAUUUUGGACACAAAUCGCUGCUCGAUAACAUUAUUAUGCCCAUUCGAAAUAUACCAAAGUCUAUUAUUCAAACUAUGCCAUUCCUGCCGCAAGAUUUCCGAACAUUCUUAAAAGACGAAAAGAAAUCACAGAGUAUGCAAUUUGAAGGUGCAAGGUUCUCCACAUUUUCAACAUUUCCUGAUAUACCAGGAAUAUAUGCAACAAGGUUAGCGGAAGCUGGAUUCUUUUAUUCCGGGUAUGAUGAUGAAGUUAUUUGUCACAGUUGCGGAGUAAAGCAUAAAAACUGGAAACGUUACGAUUCACCAUUGGAGAUUCAUAAACAAAAAUCUCCAAAUUGCUCUUUUAUAUUAAAUAUAAAACCAAUGCGAGAUGAAGCUCCUUAUAUGCCAGGUGCUUGUGGGCAUAAUGAAAUUGAACCAGAUAACAAGGAAUUUUUGGCAUACGAUGAAAGUUCUCAUAAUUCUUUUAAAUCGAAGGAUGAAAAACGUGAGAACAAAGAGUAUAAUUCAACGUGUUCAAAUCAAAUAAGUUCUGUCAUCGUAAACAACAGAACGGAAGGUACUCCUAUCGCCUCCAGUUAUUCAACAAAUGACACACAAAGUUUAAUAAGAAUUCCCGAAUUCAAUACUCACAAUCAACAUGCUCAACAUGGAAUACUAAAUGCUACUGGAAGUAUUAUGCACGAUGUAUGUGCAACAUAUACAUCGCAAAACAAUCAAAGAGAAUCAACAGCGUUAGGAGUAUGUCUUGAUAAACCGAAGUAUCCGAAAUACGCUAUAAGAUCAAUAAGACUUGAUUCUUUUAAUCAUUGGCCGCAGCAUUUGACACAGUCUCCAGAAGAAAUGGUUACAGCUGGAUUCUUUUUCACAGGAACAGACGAUCAUUGUCGAUGCUUUUUCUGUGGUGGUGGUUUAAGAAGCUGGGAACCAGGUGAUCAGCCAUGGAUAGAACAUGCACGCUGGUACCAGAAGUGUACCUUUUUACGGCAGUGUAAAGGAGACAAAUUCAUAGAAGAUGUUCAAAUGAAUAGAAUUUCACCAAAUGAGAAGGAAAAUAAUUGGCAUCCAAAUUCGUCAGGAGAAACAAGAAUGCCGGUUACAAAGCCUGUUGAAUACAGUAAUCAUCCUGCUGUAAUGGCGGUGGCAGAUUUUGGAUAUGAUGAACGCGUGGUAAAGAAGGCGUAUGAAUCGCUACAGAAUUCAGCAUCCACAGAGAUUACUGGAACACGUCUGCUUGAAGCCAUUUUCCAACUUGAAGAAAAUGGCAGACAUAACGAGUCAACAAAUUCAACAGAAGCUGGACAACAACCUUCCAAUGAUACACAAAAGGAAAAACAAGAAAACUCAAAAGAGGUCAAUAAAAAUAAAUCUACUGAAGAAACGACAUGUAAUCCUGAUCUUGAACUGUCGAUAAGAAGCUUAGAAGAAGAAAAUCAAAACCUGAAAGAUCAACAGACAUGUAAAAUAUGUCUAGACGAACAAAUAGCCAUAGUUUUUCUUCCAUGUGGUCAUCUAGCUGCCUGCACAAACUGUGCGCCUGCGCUAAGGAGAUGUCCAAUUUGUAGAGCGUUCAUAAAAGGAACCGUAAAGGCUAUUUUGAGUUAAAAAAUGUGUUAUAAUUGAAUGUUUUAUUCAUGAAAUUUAAUAUGUACUUCAUAAUAAAGAAGAAUCAAAUGAUA